UGUCAUCUUCCCUAUCACCCAUUCACCCAACGCUCAGUUGCUGUCUAGCAAGUGCAAGCUCUGAAGCACUUGCUCUGCUUCGCCUUCGCAAGGCUCGCUGGACGAGAGAAGAUGACCGGAGGGGAGGCGCUCGCCGUCGGCUCGGGAGGCGGCGGCGGUUCGAUAACGUUCGCGGUUGCGAUGAGCUGCCUCACCGCGGCCUCAGGCGGCCUUCUACUUGGAUACGACAUCAGUGUUACAGGAGGAUUGAUGCAGAUGGAAUCGUUCCUCCAGGCAUUCUUCCCAAACAUCCUCAAGAAGACAAACAACGCGCAGCAGGACACGUACUGCAUCUUUAAAAACCAGGUGCUCACCUUGUUCGUUUCCUCGUUAUAUCUCGCAGCCAUCCUCUCCAAUCUGGUAUCCGGCCACUCGACGAGGACGAUGGGCCGGAGGAACUCCAUGAUGAUAGGCGGCAUGUUUUUCUUGGCCGGCGCCAUCCUCAACACCUCCGCCGUCCACAUCAGCAUGCUCAUCAUCGGCCGCAUCCUGCUUGGCUUCGCCGUCGGCUUCACCAGCCUGUCUGCACCCGUGUACCUGGCGGAGAUCGCACCGGCACGGUGGCGAGGCGCGUUCACGACCUGCUACCACUUCUUCUUCAACCUGGGCAUGUUCAUGGCGGACAUGGUGAACUACGGCACCAACUCCAUCCCGAGGUGGGGCUGGCGCCUCUCGCUCGGCGUCGGCCUCGUCCCGGCCGCCGUCGUCAUCGUCGGCGCUGCGGUCAUCCCCGACACGCCCAGCAGCCUGGUGCUGCGUGGGAGGCUCGACGAGGCCCGCGCUUCGCUGCGGCGCAUCCGCGGGGCUGGGGCGGCGUCGGCCGACACCGAUGCGGAGCUUAAGGACAUCGUCCGCGCAGUGGAGCAAGACCGCAGACACGAGUCCGGCGCGUUUUGGCGCCUGUGCCGGCGCGAGUACCGCCCCCACCUCCUCAUCGCCGUGGCCACUCCGGUGUUCUUCGACCUGACGGGCGUGAUCGUAGUUUCCGUAUUCACGCCGCUCCUCUUCUACACCGUCGGGUUCACCAACCAGAAGGCCAUCCUGGGCUCCAUCAUCACCGACGUGGUCAGCCUGGCGUCCAUCGCGGUGGCCGGUCUGGCCGUCGACCGCUACGGCCGCCGCUCCCUCCUCAUGCUGGGAAGCGCCGUUCUGAUCCUCUCCCAGGUGGCCAUGGCGUGGAUCUUUGGCGCGCAGCUGGGCACCGAUGGCGGCAAGUCCAUGCCGCGUGGGUACGCGGUCGCGGUGGUGGCGCUGGUGUGCGUGUACACUGCCGGGUUCGGCGUGUCGUGGGGCCCGAUCAAGUGGGUGGUCACGACCGAGAUCUUCCCGCUGGAGGUGAGGCCGGCGGCGCUGGGCCUAGGUGGCGCCAUAUCGGGGGUGCUCAUCUUCGUGCAGUCACAGUCGUUCCUGGAGAUGCUGUGCAGCUUCAAGUACGGCACCUUCUUGUUCUACGCCGGGUGGGUGGUUGUUAUGGCGGCGGCCGUGGCCGCGUUCCUGCCGGAGACCCGGGGCGUGCCUAUCGAGUCCAUGGGCGUGGUGUGGGAGAAGCACUGGUACUGGAAGCGCUUCGUCAAGCUCAGGCCGUCUUCCGCGCCCACCACAGCGAUGGCACCAGCAAAACAGGCGGAUGGGCCCGUAUGAGUUGG